GGGUGAAAAAGGAAGAAACGAUGAAGAAACACAAGAUGAAAGCUUUGGUCAAAGAACUCGCCAUAGGCAUGAAGAAGCAAGUGAGUUUCAGAUACAUUCACAUCAUAGCCACCGCCAUUUUCUUCUCUUCAUUGGCCUCUCUCGUCAUCCUCCUCUCCAUGUUCCUCAACCACCGCCUCAAACCCUACUUCCUCUCCAUUUGCCCGCCGCCUUCUCUCUCUUACAACCUCUGCUACAACAGCACAAAUGCUUGGAGGCACCUGUCUCUGUCUCCUCCUCUUCUUCCGGGUCAUUAUGACGAGGAGCUGAUGUGGAGGGCGUCAAUGGCACCACAUGGCGCGGAGAAGAGGGUUGAAAAGGUUGCGUUCAUGUUCUUGACGAGGGGGAGACUGCCAUUGGCUCCACUGUGGGAGAUUUUCUUCAAGGGGAAUGAAGGGUUCUUCUCAAUUUAUGUUCACACCUCUCCUGAGUUCCACGAGGAACCUCCACAGUCCUCUGUGUUUUACAAGACGAGGAUACCUGGUCAGGCGGUGGAAUGGGGAAGAUCAUCGAUGAUGGACGCAGAGCGUCGGCUUCUCUCGCACGCGCUCCUCGACCACUCGAACUCCCGGUUCGUCCUCCUCUCCGAGUCCUGCAUCCCCCUCUUCAACUUCACCUUCACCUACUCUUACCUCACGCGCUCCACGCGCUCCUUCUUGGGCUCCUUCGAUGACCCUAGGCCCAUGGGCCGUGGCCGUUACAGGCCCACUAUGCUCCCAUACGUGUCGCUCUCUGAUUGGCGCAAGGGUAACCAGUGGUUCGAGCUACACCGCAGUGUCGCCCUGCGCGUCGUCUCUGACAGCCGAUACUACGUCGUUUUCAAGGAGCACUGUAAGCCUCCGUGUUACAUGGACGAGCAUUAUUUGCCUACGUUGGUGACUAAGGUAUGUCCGGAGACGAAUUCGAACCGGAGCGUGACGUGGGUGGAUUGGUCGAGAGGUGGGUCCCAUCCGGUUACGUAUGUCCGGAGAGAUAUUCGGGUCGGUUUAUUGGACCGGAUCCGGUUCGGGUUUAAUUGUAGUUAUGAAGGACAUUUUACGAAUUUGUGUUUUCUUUUCGGGAGGAAGUUUCACGUUAGUACGCUUGAUCCUCUCCUUAAGCUUGCUCCUUACUUGUACGGGUUUUAGACUUUUUUAUUUCACUAGUAAAUAACCGCGGUCUAUUCCUUUUGUUAUAUAUAUUUAUCAAUUUUUUUAUUGAAACAAAUAUUUUAAUUAUUAAUG